UUCAGAAAAAGCUUCAGUGCAGAGCUGAGGGCAGCUUCUGAUCAUUGUGUCUCCUCACCGUGGACACUGAAAUGAUGUGAGUGAGGGAUCGAAGCCGCUGAUCGACCUGUCACGUAUCACACGUAGCGGACUGGAAAUGACAGGAAGCAACUAAUCAGGAAGCAGCAGGAGUCACAUAAGAUCAGCGCCUCCACCCAGCUGCUGCUGCUGAAGAGGCGAAGCUCCGCUUUCAACACUGCAACUACUCACAGAGGGUCGACACAGAGAGGUCGGUAUGAAGCUGGCGGUCUCCCUGCUCCUCCUCCCCCUCCUGCUCCUCCAGGCGUCCGAAUCCGCGCGCAGCAGGUGCUUCUGUGAGGUGACAGGAGAGCUGGACGACUGCACCUGUGACGUGGAGACCAUCGACCACUUUAACAACAAGCAGCUUUUCCCCAAACUUCAAACACUUCUGGAGUCUGACUACUUCAGGUUCUACAAGGUGAACCUGAAUAAGCCGUGUCCGUUCUGGACGGUCAGCAGUCACUGUGGUCUGAGGGACUGUGCCGUGAAGCCUUGCUCUCCUAACGAGGUGCCAGAGGGGAUCCGAUCGCCCGCCCACAACAAGUAUUCAGCAGAGGCAAACGAGCAGCUGGUUGAUUGUGAGCAGGCGAAGCAGCUCGGAGCCGUCGACGUCUCUUUAAGCGACGAGACCAGAGAGGCUCUGCUCAGCUGGAGCAAACACGACGACGAGGCCGAGCGCUUCUGCGUGGUCGACGACGAGGCGUCACCAGACUCCCAGUACGUGGACCUGCUGCUGAACCCGGAGCGCUUCACGGGCUACCGAGGACCGGAGGCCUGGCAGAUCUGGAACAGCAUCUAUGAGGAGAACUGCUUCAAACCGUUUACCAUCAGACGUCCACUGAUUCCCAGCAGCUCAGGAAGUGAAGCAAAGACCUUCUACAGCUGGCUGGAAGGUCAGUGUGUCGAGAAGAGGGCGUUCUACCGGCUCAUCUCUGGCCUCCAUUCCAGCAUCAACGUACACCUGAGCGCCAGAUACCUCUUGGAUGACAGCUGGUUUCAGAAGAAGUGGGGUCACAACGUUUCGGAGUUCAGACAGCGGUUUGAUUCAGAGCUGACGGCCGGCGAGGGGCCCAAGAGGCUCCGCAACCUCUACUUCCUGUACCUGAUCGAGCUGCGAGCGCUGGCCAAAGCUCUGCCGUUCUUCCAGCAGCCGUCCUUCCGGCUGUACACCGGCAGACCCGAGGAGGACCAGAAUCACAAAGACCUGCUGCUGCAGAUCCUGCAGCUGGCCAGAUCUUUCCCGCUGCACUUUGAUGAGACGUCUCUGUUUGCUGGGGACGAAAAGGAAGCAGCCAAACUGAAGGAGGACGUCAGACUGGCCUUCCUCAACAUCUCCAGGAUCAUGGACUGCGUGGGCUGCUUCAAAUGUCGACUGUGGGGGAAACUGCAGACUCAGGGAUUAGGAACAGCGCUAAAGAUUUUGUUUUCAGAGCGACAGAUUGAAGCUCUGCCCACAUCCAGCGUCCAGCGACCCAGUUUCCAGCUCAGCCGACAGGAGAUCGUCUCCCUGCUCAACGCCUUUGGAAGGAUUUCCACCAGCAUCAGAGAGCUGAAGACCUUCAGGUCGCUGCUAGCGGAGGAGCCAUGACGAUGGUGAUGGGCCAACGUCCAUCGAGCCUUCAGUCCUGCUGAAACACGACGUCAGAGUUCGGCAUGAAGACGGAGUCACACUUCUGGUGAAAUCUGAAUCUUCUUCCAGGUGCCUGUCAUUUCAAAUGCGGCUGAAAAUAUUUUGCUGAGUGAGAGGCCACUCAUUCAGUGUUUUUGUGAUUGCGCUUGCGUCCUGAAGAGGGCGCUGUUUGUAAAGCAAACUCAUUUUUACUUCUAUGCAAAAUGUAAUUGCUUUGAUAAGUCUUCAUUUUAAUGUAAUCAAGAAAAAUAUGCAGCUUAUUCAGUGGAAGAACUGGAUGGAAAUCAAAUUAAUAUAUUUUUGUUUAAUUUCAGAUGAUUUUCUCUAUCUACUGUCAUGUUUUCAUAAGACCAUGACAUGGUGUGUGUGUGUGUGUGUGUGUGUGUGUGUGAACAGUAAAACAUCCACCCAGUUCUAUCAGUGGGUCUAGGUUAAUGGUGCCUUCAGGUACACCUUGUGAACUGAAACUUAAAUGUAUAGCUUGUAGUUGAUAUUUAUUCAUGAUUUUUUAGCAUUUUUUAAAAUCAAAAAUAAUACUGAAACUUGUUUGCAUGCUGGUGGUAAAUUGUCAGUGAGCACAAAUCACAAAACAUUUAUAUACUAUGAUAUAAUAAAAAGUUUUGACACAGAUAUACAGGUGAUGCACAUUGAAGUCAUUGUUAUUUGCUGUUUCCAACAAUGACAAAUGUCACCAUUGAGCUGUUGGAUGAAUUUAAAGUGUCAAAUGAUUAAAUAAAAGGUGAAAAGAAAAUGUGGCAGGGGGCAAAAUGUGAAAGACACAAUCUAAUGUGUUGUAGG